AUGGAGGGCCCGCACGCGCUGCCGGAGCCACCGGACGCCGGCGGCCUCCUGGGGCGGUGCGGCCGCCACCCGGCCCAGCCCCUCGCCGGCGUCUGCUCCUCCUGCCUCAUGGAGCGCCUCUCCUCCGUCCGCAGCCCCGCCCACCCGGAGAUCGUCGAGGUCACCCCCGCCGCCCCCCGCGACGCCCACGCCGACGCCGAGGGAUCCGGCUCCGGCGCCGACCAGCAGGGCAAGCUGCGGAAGACGCUCAUGCUGCUCUUCCAGAUGGACGACUCACACCACUCCCCCUCCACCACCACCGCCGACGAGCACCCGCCCGAAUCCAAGAACCCACCACCAUCCGACCCGGACCCCAGCGCGAGCCGCGGGGCCAAGUGGAAGGGCGGCUCCUGGCUCCGGUCCAUCCUGCCCAAGCGCGGGGCGCGGCGGCGCGCCAAGGAGGACGAGGAGCCCCCGCGCCCGUCCGCGGCCUCGGUGCCGGCGGAUGCCGCAUCGCCGCCGCAGGUGGAGCGGAGGGCCAGCUUCCGCCGCUCCUGCGAGUGGAUGGUGUGCCGGGACCCGCCCAGCGCCAGCGCCAGCGCCGGCAGGGGGGAGCCGCCGCGGCACUCGUGGGACGGCUCCAUGGUGGGCAGGGCCCUCGCCUGCUCCUUCGCGUGCCUCGACGAGCCGGCCGACGGGGUCACGCGCGUCAGGCACAGCAAUGCGGAGGAACCGUCAUCAGUUCCAGAGAACCCUGCCGGGGCUGCUGCAGAGAGCACAAAUGCUCGGCAUUCGGCUGAUGUGGGACAGAGCUUCAGGGAGAGGAGCUGCAGCGGGGACGCCGGUCCGGAGAUGUCGGUCUCGGGCGUGGUGCGCCGGAGGUCCAACAGGUGGAGCAGGGUGUGGGACAGGAGCAUCACCAGCCCGCUCAAGGAGUUCGUCAGGAAGGGGGAGCACGCCCUCGACCGCUCCCUCUCCGAGUCCAGGAAGGAGACCCGGAGGUGUAGAAACGGUGACACAACAGCCAUCGACGGCGAGGUUCUUCAGCCUGGCCGCAACGGGCUGGUUUCAGGCAGAGCGAGCCGAAGCUCCCAAGCCAACGGGGACGCGCAGAGUUUCCGCGCGAAUCGGCUCAACAGCAAGGAAUCCAAGAUCGGCAGGAGCAGGAGCGUGCACUACACUUCCCCCGGGAACUUCGACAACGGGAUGCUGCGGUUCUACCUGACGCCGAUGAGGAGCAACAGGAGCGCCAACAGGGGGAGGAGGAGAAGCUCCCGCCUGUUCUCCAGAGGACUUUUUGGUUUCGUUUGAG